AUGAGCAUGUACGAUCAAGGAACUUACCCCUCUUCGUCGGCACCUUACGAUCCGGGAUAUGGGACCACCCACGAGCCCUUACAAUUCUACUCGGGAUCGGCGGAUCCGAACGUUUACUACGAUCGACAGAGUCUCGAAGGUCAACGUAAUGGUGUGACGGGCAGCAUGUUAUCAUCGUCUCCCUAUUCAAAUGGGAUCGGUGGCUCUAUUGCUAGUUCGGGUGGAUUUUGGAGCGCUUUCGGUACCGGCGGGAUAGAUGGGGAGCCCCCCCUAUUGGAAGAACUGGGUAUAAAUUUCGAUCACAUCAAGAGGAAAUCGUUCGCGGUCUUGAAUCCGUUUCGACAAAUUGAUCAACACCUAAUGGAUGACGCCGAUCUAGCUGGACCUCUCGUAUUUUGCUUCUGCUUUGGGAUGUUCCUCCUAUUUUCAGGGAAACCGCAGUUCGGUUACAUCUAUGGUCUAGCUCUAUUGGGCGAUCUGUCAUUCUAUCUGUUGCUAAAUCUGAUGUCCGAGACAGGCAUUGAUGCUUACAGGGUAGCAAGUGUCUUGGGUUACUGCCUACUACCAUUGGUAUUACUCAGCUUGAUCACGGUAGCCGUGAGCAUGGAUGGUUACUUAGGCUAUAUACUCUCAAUACUUUCAAUUCUAUGGUGUUCAUACUCAGCAUCUGGGAUGUUUGUAUCGGUGCUAAGGAUGUCGGAGCAGCGGCUCUUGGUCGCCUAUCCGGUCAGCUUAUUUUAUGCCACGUUUGCUUUGUUAAGUGUAUUCGAUGCGAAGACAGGUACCGUCGGGGCGCGUGCAACUCGUUAA